AUGUGUGAUGUAUUACAGUCUGUAAAAGAACAAUUGAUUGACAUUGAAAAUGAGUGUAAGAUUCCAAUCACAAAAACUGAUGAUGUUUACAAUGCAGCAGAGCCUUCUUUGCAGAAUAUGCCUUUAGAGAUAAUCUUAAAAAUAUGCUCAUAUUUAGAUGCAAAUUGUAUAAAAAAUAAUUUGAGUAAUGUAUGUCAGAGAUUUAAUGACAUUCUAGCAGACAUAAGUCUGUGGAGGUACAGAGUAAGUUGUAAAGUAAGUGGGUGUUUUCCUCCAUUAUCUAAUUUGAAGAAUUGGAGUGAAGAUGAGGUGGACUGGACUGGAAUGUGUAUUGAAAUGGAAAGUGAGAGGGACAAAUGGUGCAAUGUGGACAAAACUGCAAAACACUUAGUUAUAAAGGAUGUUCAUUAUGCAUCUGUUGAUGCUGUUAUAUUGGUUAAUAAAGGUCAGACAUGCAUUUCUGGUGGACGAGACAGGUGUUUAGCUCUGUGGAAUGUGUUAGACAUAGAAAUUGAUGAGAAUGGUGCAAACAAUACUGUGAUGUCAGAUCUCAAGCCCACAAAAAUCAGACAUGAUGCCCAUGCUGGUUGGGUAUGGGACUUAGCUGCAGUUGAUGUUAACUCUGCAAACACUGUAUACUCUGCUUCUUGGGAUAACACAGUCAAAGCAUGGGACAUUAAUUGUGGAUUUGAGUGUAUAGAAACAUUCAAUUGUGGUAUGUCUGCUCUUUCUGUGGUUGCUUAUGGAAAUAAUGUGAUGGCCGGGUUAUAUUCUAAAAAGAUACUUAGGUUUGAUGUUCGAUGUGGGCCCAAUCCAAUACAUGUUUAUAAACCUCACAGAGGUCCAAUUCUAUCUCUAACAAUUCAUAAGGAUCAAGUUGCGUCAGUGAGUGAAGAUAAGACUUUAGCUAUAUUUGACAGUGUAGCUGGAAAAAUACUGAAAACCGAUAUUAAAAUGCCAUCAGAGAAGGCGUACCCAGUUUGUAUGAGCUGGAAUACAUAUGCAAUGUAUAUUGGUGAUUCUAAGGGAUGUUUGCAUCUUUUUGACCCCGACAACCACACCUACGUUAGAACACAUGAGUUGUGGGAAGAACCUUCUAUCACACAACCUUCAAAUAGAGUAGCGGGAUGUCAUCAGGGUGAAGGAACUUUAAUUGCUUGUUCUGACAGAGGUGAAAUUAAAUUUUUGUACAACUCAAGUCCACCUACAGAGUAUCAAAAAAUACAUACCAGCACUGUUGAUGUCACACAGUUGCAGUACCUAAAUGGAGUAUUAGCUGUUGGCACCUGUGAUUCAGCCCUCGAGUUUUGGAUACCUAAUGAGAAGUUUAACCACAAUGAAUUAUAAAAUAAUUUAUUUAGAUAACAGAUUAACAAAGAACGUUAUGAUUUAUUAACUCAAAUGAAAUGUUAUAAUUUAUUAACUCAAAGGUUACGAAACGUACCUUUGCGAAAGUUGUAUUGUGAAAUUACACGUUAUUCAACCUCUAA